CGGAAGCUUUGUGUCACAUGACCUGGCGGACAACAACAAACAGAGAACUGCUGAUGAUUUAAUCAGAGGGGUUUUAAGGGCGAUUUUAGGCGUGGAGUAAGUCAGUACAGAGUCGUGAGGAGGUUCUGGUGGUUCGGGGAGAAAAUGAGUUUGAACGGAGAUGCACUCAGAGAGUCAUACACCGCUGUGGACGGAGACGACUCCGAAGCUGCUCCUUUAUUACCUAAUGGAUCAGGGCGGACCAGAGCCAAAGGAGCUUCCUUCGCCUCCUCCGUCUUCAACCUGAUGAACGCCAUCAUGGGCAGUGGUAUAUUGGGUCUGGCGUACGCCAUGGCGAACACCGGCAUCGUUGGUUUCAGCCUCCUGUUGGCGCUAGUUUCUGUCCUGGCUACAUACUCUAUACAUCUCCUUUUGAAGCUCUGUGAUGAAACAGGCAUCAAUACUUAUGAAGAUCUUGGAAGAAGAGCCUUACAAAAACCAGGAAAAUAUCUAGUAGCCGUCACUAUUAUCGUCCAGAAUAUCGGUGCCAUGUCGUCCUAUCUCUUCAUCUUGAAGUCAGAGCUUCCAGCCGCCAUAGAAACCUUCAUGGGCCCAAACCAAACGGGAGCCUGGUAUGAAGACGGCAGGUUGUUACUGAUCCUGAUAACAGUGGCCGUUGUUCUGCCUUUGUCACUGUUGACCAAAAUUGGCUUUUUAGGAUACACCAGCAGCCUGGCCUUUUUCUUCAUGCUGUACUUUACAGUUGUGAUCGUGGUGAAGAAGUGGGCCAUCCCCUGUCCCCUCCCUCACAAUGCGACCACGCUUAUAGAGGCCUCCCAGGUAUCAAAUUCCUCUGACUCAGAGUGCACGCCCAAACUCUUUGUCAUCUCCAGUGAGAGUGUCUACGCCAUUCCCACCAUGGCCUUCUCCUUCCUCUGCCACACGGCCAUCCUGCCCAUCUACUGUGAGCUGGAACGGCCCUCCAAGACGAGGAUGCAGAACGUCACUAACGUCAGUCUGGGCCUCAGCGUCCUCAUCUACUUCAUUUCUGCUCUGUUCGGCUACCUCACCUUCUACGAUAAAGUGAACUCUGAGCUGCUGCAGGGCUACGCCUACCUGCAGCGGGACAUCAUGGUGAUGGUGGUACGACUGGCCAUCCUGCUCUCUGUGCUGCUCACUGUGCCUCUCAUUCAGUUCCCUGCCCGUAAAGCUCUGAUCUUGAUGUUCUUUGAAGGACGACCCUUCUCCUGGUUCAUCCACAUCGUUACAACUCUGGGCAUCCUGGGAGUGGUGCUGACCAUGGCCAUCUUUGUCCCUGAUAUCAGAAAUGUAUUUGGUGUCGUAGGAUCGACCACAUCCAGCUCCCUGAUGUUUAUUUUCCCCAGCAUCUUCUACCUGAAGAUCAUCAGUCAGUCGUUCAGAACCUUUGAAUCCAUUGCGGCCAUACUCCUGAUGAUCUUUGGCAUCACUAUGGGAAUCGUCAGCAUGAGUUUCAUCAUCUAUGUGUCGGUACAAGGGUACUAACUCUCUAACGCUCUCCGUCGCGUUAGAGACACACAA